ACCAAAACAAACAAACAAGUAAACUUCUUUUGUUUUUUAAGAAAACAAAAUUUUAUUAUAUUGUCCUGGCUGGCCUGGUACUUGCUAUGUAACCUAGGCUAGUCUUAUCAAACUCACAGGUGUCCUCCUGCCUCAGCCUUCUGAGUGUUGAGAUACAGGCAUAUGCUACCAUGCCCAGCAGCUUUAUCUUUUAAGAUACCCUUUAUUUAUGGUUGGCUCAGGGGCUCUGGCAGAAGGAGUUAUUGGGUAUGGAGGACAACAGAGGGCCACAGCUAAAGAGAAGGGUGAAGGAAUGCAGGGCUCAGGGGAGAGGGGUCGGAUGAGUAGCCAGAGAGCAGGCUAUGCAUGUGUUUUUAAGGAAGCAGGAUGCAAAGGACUGCCACCCGCAAACACACCAACAGAUGAGGAGGAAAGGCCAGGGCAGUAGGAGAGCAGGUCCUGGCACUGAGCGUUCCUGAGCACCCCAUCCUCUCACCAGCUGAAGGAGCAGAGGAAGAACAGGAAGAUGGCCUAAGCCAAAGAACAGGGACAAAGCUCAAAUUGGCUAGGAGCCCAGGGGAUAGCCAAGGCUUCAGGUGGAGGUGAGGAAGGGUGGGGCCUGAGAUCAGACCUGCAAGAGAAACAGGAUGUGUGUAUUGGGGGGUGGGGAGCAUAGAGCCAAAAGUCUAGAUCCUGGAAGGUCCCAGUGUCUCCCUGCCUGACUGUGUGUGGCAUCCUAUAGCCCAUUGUUGGCCUCACAGCCAGGAUCCGUCCAGGUGCCCAGAACCUAGCUCCUUUGCAAUGCUGGAGACCCGGAGCCUCUCACUUUCCCUCUGUCUCCUUUUCCUACUGCUGGCUCUGCACAGUGCUGAAAGAAGCCAGCCCCAUCCUCAACGCAGGUUUGAGUACAAGCUCAGCUUCAAGGGACCAAGACUGGCAGUUCCUGGGGCUGGAAUACCCUUCUGGAGCCACCACGGAGACGCCAUUCCAGGCCUAGAGGAAGUGCGGCUGGUUCCAUCUAUGAAGAACCGGAGCGGUGCUGUGUGGAGCAAGAUCUCUGUCUCCUUCCCCUCCUGGGAGGUAGAGAUGCAGAUGAAAGUGACUGGACCUGGGCGUCGGGGAGCCCAGGGUGUGACCCUGUGGUACACCAAGGACAGGGAUCAAGUCGGCUCUGUUGUGGAGGGGCUAGCCUCGUGGGAUGGCAUCGGGAUCUACUUCGAUUCCUCCACCAAUGAUGUGCAGAACAGCCCUGCCAUCCGAGUGCUGGCCAGUGAUGGGCAUGACCUCCAGGAGCAGUUUGGGGAUGGAGCUAUCCGGGAGCUUGGCUCCUGUCAUAGGGACUUCAGGAACCGGCCAUUCCCCUUCCGAGCUCGGAUCACCUACUGGAGGCAAAGGCUGCGUGUAUCUUUGAGUGGAGGCCUUACUCCUAAUGACCCUGAAGAGGUCUGUGUUGAUGUGGAGCCCCUGCUUUUAGCCCCUGGAGGCUUCUUUGGGGUCUCAGCAGCUACCAGCACCAUGGCAGAUGACCAUGAUGUCCUGUCCUUCCUGACCUUCAGUUUGAGGGAACCAGGUCCAGAGGAAGCACCCCAGCCAUUCAUGGAAGAGGAGCAGUUGCACCUGGCCAGGAAGCUGGAAGAACUGAAGGCAAGGCUGGCCCUGGGCACCAGAGAGAAUAGCAUACCACCACUGAACUCUGAAGCCCAGGAAGAAGGGGAAAGGUUCUUUAAUCUGGAGGAUACGCUGGGCAGACAAAGCCAGAUCCUGCAGGCCCUCCAGGCUCUCUCCAGGCAGAUGAACCAGGCUGAGAGGCAGUGGAAACAGCAGCUGGGGUCUACAGUCCAAGUCCGGCCUGAGGGAGGCUGGAACACUGCCAAAGUCAGCACCCUGCUCUAUGGACAGCGGACACUGAUCCAGGCCCUGCAAGAGAUGAGGGAAGCAGCUGCCCGGAUGGCUUCAGGAGCACAAGUCUUCUACUUGCCUGUGGGCACUAAGCAUCACUUUUUUGAGCUGGAACAGAUCCUCAGCCUCCUGCAGAAGGAUCUCCGGGGUCUGGUGAAAAAGACAGCCAAGGCCCCCCGCCCAUCUGGCUGGCUCCCAGGAUUCUCCACAUGUCUGCGGACCAGCAUCUUCCUGUUCUUCCUCCUAAUCCAGACUGUAGGCUUCUUCUGCUACAUGAACUUCAGCAGGCAGAAGCUGGACAAGAGGUUUCAGGAGUACCUGUCCACAGGAAGCCUUUCUCUAGAGCCUGCAUUACCCAUCCCUAGGACAAUAGGGGUUCUGAGGAGACAACCCAUCUCCCCCAGCAUGCAAGCCUGA